UGUGUUGGGUCUUCAUUGUUGUGCGCACAGGCUUUUCUCCAGUUUGGGAGAUUGGGGGCUACUCUUUAGUCGCGGUGUACAGGCUUCUCAUUGCAGUGGUUUCUCUUGCUGCAGAGCACAGGCUCUAGGGUGAGCAGGUUUCAGUAGAUGCGGCUCAAGGACUCAGUAGUCAAGGUUCCUGGGCUCUAGAGCACAGGCUCAAUAAUUGGGGCACAUGGGUUUAGUUGCUAAGCGGUAUGUAAGAUCUCCCUGGAUAAGGGAUCAAACCCGUGUCCCCUGCGUUAGCAGGUGGAUUCUUUACCACUGAGCUACUAGAGAAGCCCUUCUAUUUUUAUUCUUUGUGGAAGUGUUCCAUGUCCAUUAGAAAAACCCUAGAAAGUACACAAAAGAAAAGUUUUUUUUUUUUUUAAGUUUAUACUUAACAUCGAAAGAGACAGGGCAACCGACUGAUUUUGCAAUUCUUGGUUGGAUUCUAGAUAGGGUGUGGGGGUUUGCGGUGAGGGAAGCCUUAAAGGCCUUACUGGGACACUUAGGGAGAUUAGAAUAUGGAGGAAUUUGAAUAUUUUAGAUAAUAGUAUUAUAUCUGUUCAAUUUCCUGUGUGUGUUCAUCAAAUUGUUACAUAGGAGGAUGUCCUUGUUCUUAGGAGAUGCAUCUGAGUAGUUUUAAGGAAUCAAGUGUCAUGAUGUUUGUAGCUAACUUUCAAGGGGCUUAACAGAACGCAGGAAUAUAUGUGUGUAUAUGUACACACACACGUGUACUGCGGAUGCGGCAAGAUGGUAACACCUGGUGACUUAAAUGAGGUAGAAAGAGCGUUCAUUGUAUUCUGUUUGCAACCUUUCUGUAGGUUUGAAAUUCUACAGAAUAAAAACUGGAAAGUCAAACAAGCACUCUUACUCCCUCCACUGAGAGAAAACACUACCAAAAUUUUGGUGUCUGGAUUUCCUGACCUUCGAAUGCAAAUAGAGAUGGAAAUAGCUUUUUAUAUAAAUAUGUUUAAAAUAUACACAUCUAUAUAAAUGGAUCUUAUAUGCACUGUUCUGGAACUUGCUUUUCUUACUUUGUUUGUGCACUCAGUUGUAUCUGACUCUUUGUGAUCCCAUGGACUGUAGCCCACCAGGCACCUCUGUCCAUGGAAUUUUUCCAGGCAAGAAUACUGGAGCCGGUUGCCACUUUCUACUCCAGGGGGUCUUCCUGGCCCAGUGAUUGAACCUGAGUCUCUUCUAUCUCUUGCGUUAGCAGGUGGAUUCUUUACCACUGCACCACCUGGGAAGCCCUUUCUUACUUUGCUUUUUGUUUAACAUCAUUUUCUAUCUAUGCCUACAACCCUACAUCAGUAUUUACUGAAGUGUUCCUCGGAACAGUGGCUCCCUGGGAUUUUCCAAGUAGAAAAAGGAUCAUUGGUCCAAGCAGCCUGAGGUGGAAGCAUUGCACUUCUUCCCUUGCUCUGUCCCUGGGUUUUUCCUUCAGUAAAUACUUCAGAAAUACUUUUGAUUUUGUCAACCCUGAUUUUUCCCCCGACAUAUUUGACCAUGGAGCCCAAGGAACAGCAGUUAAGAGAAGCCCUUUAUUGAAUACUGAUCAGCAUCACCAGUGUAACAGCCACAAAGGAUUCUGUUCCAUUCCAGAGUAACCUGAAUAUGCAUCCUGCACCAAACUACCUGGCCCAGCCGCCACCUCCUCCUCCGCCCCCUCCACCGCUGCCCCCGCCCCCACCCCCCCAACCCCCACCACCCCCACCCCAGAGCCUGGGCCCCGCUGGGCGUCCCAACCCUGGCGGGAAUGGCGUGGUGGAGGUGUACAGCGCCGCAGCACCCCUCACCGGGAGUGGAACAGUAGAGAUCCAAGCACUGGGAAUGCAGCCCUACCCACCCCUGGAGGUGCCAAACCAGUGUGUGGAGGCUCCAGUAUACCCCACACCCCAGGUGUACAGUCCCGGCAAACAAGGAUUCAAACCAAAAGGACCAAACCCUGCUGCCCCUAUGACCAGCGCCACCGGGGGCACAGUGGCCAGCUUUGACUCCCCACCAUCACUGAAGACCCGACGGACCAAAGGUUCCAGUGGACUCCCAGAAGCUGCAGGGAAGCCAAAGGCUCAGAAACUCAAGUGCUCAUAUUGUGACAAGUCUUUCACCAAAAACUUUGACCUGCAGCAGCACAUCCGAAGCCACACUGGUGAGAAGCCCUUCCAGUGCAUUGCAUGUGGCCGUGCCUUUGCCCAGAAGUCUAACGUCAAGAAACACAUGCAAACCCACAAGGUGUGGCCCCCAGGACGCAGCGGUGGCACUGUCUCUCGCAACUCUGUGACGGUACAGGUCAUGGCUCUGAACCCCAGCAGGCAGGAGGACGAGGAUAACACAGGGUUGGGCCAGACCCUGUCGAGUGCCCCGCAGCCCCAGGCCUUGCCCACAGCCGGCGAGGGGGAGGGGGACAAGCUGGAGGCCAAGCAGGUGGUCCUCAUCGAUAGCUCCUACCUGUGCCAGUUCUGCCCCGGCAAGUUCAGUACCUACUUCCAGCUCAAGUCCCACAUGACCCAGCACAAGAAUGAGCAGGUGUACAAAUGUGUGGUCAAGAGCUGUGCGCAGACCUUCCCGAAGCUGGACACAUUCCUGGAGCACAUCAAGAGCCACCAGGAGGAGCUGAGCUACCGCUGCCACCUCUGUGGCAAGGACUUCCCCUCGCUGUACGACCUGGGCGUGCAUCAGUAUUCACACAGCCUACUGUCACAGAACAGCCCCAAGAAGGACAGCGCCGUCUACAAGUGUGUCAAAUGCGUCAACAAGUACUCCACACCUGAAGCACUGGACCAUCACCUGCAGACCGCCACUCACAACUUCCCCUGCCCGCACUGCCAAAAGGUAUUUCCUUGUGAACGGUACCUGCGGCGUCAUCUGCCCACCCACGGCAGCGGGGGCAGGUUCAAGUGCCAGGUGUGCAAGAAGUUCUUCCGGCGGGAGCACUACCUCAAACUGCAUGCUCACAUCCACUCAGGUGAGAAGCCCUACAAAUGCUCAGUGUGCGAGUCUGCAUUCAACCGCAAGGACAAACUGAAGAGACACAUGUUGAUCCAUGAGCCAUUCAAGAAAUACAAAUGCCCCUUCUCGACACACACGGGCUGCAGUAAGGAGUUCAAUCGGCCAGACAAGCUGAAGGCUCAUAUCCUCUCUCACUCCGGCAUGAAGCUCCACAAGUGCGCCCUGUGCAGUAAGUCCUUCAGCCGCCGCGCCCACCUCGCUGAGCACCAGCGUGCCCACACGGGCAACUACAAGUUCCGCUGCGCUGGCUGCGCCAAGGGCUUUUCCCGCCACAAAUACCUCAAGGACCACCGCUGCCGCCUCGGCCCCCAAAAGGACAAGGACCUGCAAGUCCGGCGGCCCCCCCGGAGGCGGGCAGCCCCCCGCAGCGGCAGCGGCGGUGGGCACAAGGUGGUGACACCCCUGCCUGACCCGCUCGGGCUGGAGGAGCUGAAGGACACAGGGGCCGGGCCCAUGCCCGAGGCCGCCCCAGGCAAGCCGCCCUUCUCAGAGCCAGAUGCCGUGCUGUCUAUCGUAGUGGGGGGUACGGUGGGGGGCGAACCUGAGCUGGUAGUGCCUGGGCAUGCCGAGGGCCUGGGCUCCAACCUGGCGCUGGCAGAGCUGCAGGCAGGAGCUGAGGGCUCAUGUGCCAUGCUCGCUGUGCCUGUCUACAUCCAGGCCUCGGAGUGAUGGACCCAUGAUGUUUGCUCCUGCGUCCUGCCUGAUGCUCAUCUUUAGGUCCAGAGCCACUGGGAGCAGACCAGAGAGCCUUCCCAGUGGAAGUGAGCCAUUGGUCAAAAUCCUUUUGGAACAUCAUCUGUAAACCCUGGCCCAAGGCCGCCUCUCUGUGUCCCCUGUCCUGCUGGGAAGCCCUGCACCAUUCUGGGAUCCGAGGCAGCUGAGCCUGAGCGGCCCAGGGUCUGGCUGGUCCAGGCUGGUGGUCGGGCUGCCUAAGAGGGAAGACAGGGCUGUCCCAUCCACCCUUCCUCUAGGCUGCCAAGGGGCAGCCUCAAACUAAGCUGCUGAGGCCUGAGAUGGUUAGAGCCCUUAUCUGGUGAACCUCUUCACAUGCAGUUCCUCCCAGCAUCCCCAGAUGACUCUGUAAUGUACGCAUGUAGGAGGUACUCGAGUGUCAUGGUUAGAGUGGAGCUAUCAGCCAGAUCUGGCUUCAGAUCCAAGCACUGACACUUACUUGCUGUGUGACCUUGGGUAAGUCACUUCCCCUCUCUGAGCCCCACAUUCCGUGUCUGUACAAUGGGGCUUAUGACAGUACUACCUCACAGGGCUGUCAUCAGGAUCCAGUAUGAUGAAGUGUGCAAAGAAUUUGGCAUAGUGCUCAGCACUGAACAAAUGCUCAAUAAAUGUUUUUUUUUAUCAAAAGUGA